AGGGGCAGGCUCCGGCGGCGAGGGGAGCGGCGAGGGCAGUGCCGCCGGGUCUGCCGCAUGGCACUUACCGGUCCCCUCCAGCAAGUCCAACUCGGUUGCCCACUCGUCGACGAUGGCGCCCCACCCGGGCGCGGCGGCGGAGGAUGCAGCGGCGAGGGCCGCGCCGCCGUCGGAGGCCAAAGUCGGGGCGAGCGUCGGGGCGAGCGCGGGGAGCAGCGGCGCGGCGAGCGCGGGGCUGGCUGCAGUCUCGACGGCGCCAGCGGAACGGCGGCGGCGACAGAGCCAGUGGCUCGAUGCUCCUCCGAGCCGCCCUCGCGGGUUGCGGGGGCGAGCAGCUCGUCCCAUCGGCUGCGCAGCGGCAACCGGCACGGCUCCCCGCCCCGCGUGCCGGAGACGGCGACUGCGACGGCGGGGGAGCGCACGGGUGUGAGCAGACCUGCCUGCCAGCGCUGGAGCGUACCGCCGGGGGCGGCGUCGGCGUCAGGGACAGCGAGGGCCUGGAAGGCGCCCGGGCUGGCUGGGAGGGCGCAGAAGCAGCCGGGGACGGCCGAGGGCGGAAACGAGGAGGCGGAGGCAGGGGCGAAGGAGGCGGAGGCGGAGGCGGAGGCGGAGGCGGAAGCGGGGCGGAAGCGGAGGACGCCCGGAUGGAGGCGACGAGGCAGCCGCGCGGAGCAGGGAGGCGCCUGAGCCGCAAGAGGUGC